AUAAUGUACGGUCAAAUGGUAAAAUUAAAGUAAUUGGACUGACUAAAAACAAUGCAACGGAUAAGUAUAUGAUGGAUGAGCGGAAAUAUUGUAAGGAUGUUGAUAAUUACAUUGAAUGGCUUGCUGACAAGAAAAAAGGAGUUGAAUGCGCCAUACCAUAG